CUCCCGACCUGCAUCCAUCCCCGACGACCCUCCUUCACCGUCGCCGAAAACUCUACCCUAAAACCCGGGACUGACCAAGCUGAACCGGAGCAGGCACCCACCCCUCUUGCCGACUCCUCGCUUCCAUUGCAUCCAUCUCGGGGCGCACCUCAUCGACGUCGGCCCAUCCGCCUCCUUUACGCCCUUCUUCCCGUCCACUCCCCAGGCCCUCGGGUGCCUCCUCACCCGUCAUGGCGACCCAGCAAAGUCCGCCUUUCAAGGUGGACCGCUACGUGGUCAUUCACGUCGCGACCACAUGCGACGAGCACGGCGUUUAUGUGACCAAGGAUUCCGCCGAGGUCAUUGAGCUCGGUUGGAUUCUUUUGGAUGCCAACAACCUCGAGGAAAUCCACAGAGAGAGCGUUCUCGUCAAGCCGGUCAACACUCCCAUUACUCCUCUUUGCACGAGCUUGACGACCCUCACGUGGGAACAUGUCCGUAACGCCGGCACCUUCAGAGAUGCCAUCAACCGCUUCGAUGCUUUUGCCUCCGAACACUUGACUGGCCCCAACCUCGACUUCGUUUUCGUCACCCUAGAGGCUUGGGAUUUGCGCGUCCAGCUCCCUAGGGAAGCCCGUGACAAGGCCGUUGUCCUUCCCCCCUAUCUGCAGCACUCACGCACUUUCGACCUGCGCACCGAAUACCAAAGAUGGCAGCAGCAUCACCCCGAGUCGCUGCCUUUCGGCCCCUCAUCGCUUGCUAACAUCUGCGCGGCCCUCGAGGUGGAGGCUGUUCAGAGCAGCGCUCCCAUCAAGCACAACCUGCCGUUCCACCUGCAGGCUCUUGCUCCCGCGUCUCCUCGCCGUGCCAUGGAGGAAGCUGUCACUCUUGCCCGUGUCCUGCGUAGCUUGAUUCGCAAGUCCCAGCCCGCUCAUGAGCAUCCUGAUGUGCUUACUCGGCCUAUGGAUGCCCGUGCUGACGUUCGUGCUUUUUUGUCGGAGCGCAGCAAGGUGUUGCACAUGUCCGGCUUGCCGCACGACACUACCCAGUCCGAGCUGGAGAGCUGGUUCACCCAGUACGGUGGUAGGCCCAUUGCGUUCUGGACUCUGCGGACUCCCGAGCAGCACAAGCCUACCGGAACCGGCUUCGCCGUCUUUUCUUCUCACGAAGAGGCCGCCGAAAGUCUUUGCAUGAAUGGAAGGGCUUUGAACGAGAAGGCUAUUGAGGUGUCGCCCUCCUCUAGCAGGGUCCUUGAUCGCGCUUCCGAGAUCCUUACGCCCUUCCCUCCCAGCAAGAACCGCCCCCGACCUGGUGAUUGGACGUGCCCCUCUUGCGGUUUCUCCAAUUUCCAGCGCCGUACCGCCUGCUUCCGCUGCUCCUUCCCGGCUGUCAGUGCUGGUCCCACUGGCGAGAUGGGCUAUGGCUACGGCUACGGUCCCCCGGCUAUGAUGCCCGCUCCUCCCCACAUGGGCCACCACGGCCAUGGCGGUGGACACGGCCGUAUGGGCGGCUCUGGUGUCGUUCCUUUCCGUGCCGGUGACUGGAAAUGCGGUAACGAGGUCUGCGGAUAUCACAAUUUCGCCAAGAACGUGUGCUGUCUUCGUUGUGGAGCGAGCCGUGCUGGCGCCGCUGUCGUCGCCGAUUCAGGCUAUCCAUCCCCCUUGGACGCUCAAACCUCUUACGGCAUGAAUCAAGGAUCCAUGGGCGGCAAUUCUGCGCCUGGCCCCUUUGCUUCCGCCAGUGGCUUCAACUCUGCGGGUGGAUAUGGCCAGCAUUUCGGUGGCCCGCCCAGUACUUAUGCUCUUCCCUCUGGCCUCGGUGGCGGUGCUGCUCCUUACCCAUCCUUGAACACCCAUUUCGGCCCCGCUCCUGGCUCGCACUCGGCCGGUCCUUUCGAUAGCCGUGCCGCCGAGGCCGCUUUCCAGUCCGCCAGCAACGGACCCGCCUCUGCCGGCCCUGGAAACAAUUUCUACUCUCAAACUGAGAGCGAUCCUUUUGCUUUCCUCUCCAGCGGCAUCGGUAGCCUUUCUGUCAGCAACCAGGAUGCUCGUCAGAACGGCGGUGCUGCUCCUGCCAGCAAGUCACCCGCGUAAAGGAACAACAUCACAACUCUUCCCAGUGCCAAGCCGUACGACGGAUUGCUCACAUGGCAUCGAGCUUUCGAUUGUUUCUUCAGUUGUGAAUUUCACCGCGAACAAUUUUGGGAACGAGAAUAGAGAUCAAUUUGGAAUCUUGGCGAUAACUAUGGGCUUAUACUGUUUCUUCACGGGGUGCAUGGGGCAAGCGGAGCACGGGUGCAGGCAAGGCUUUUGGGAGAACUACUGCGGCGGUUUUUACUUGGGCGUGGGAAGCGGGACGGAAGCGGCGCCUGGCAGGCAAAAAUUUGCGAAUCGGAUGGGUAUGAUAAAAAGAAACGCAACAUGCCAUUUUUACAAAAUCCCUCAGGGCGGAGUUUAUCUCGAACGACGCAUGGUAACUGGCUGGCUGGCUUAUGGCAAAAAAAAGGGGGCGGGAACGGCUGGAUUCAUUGCUAGGAGCUACGGUUAAGGCCAACGGUCUCUCAGCGGCUCUCGGUUUUUGCAACGCCGGUUCGCUAGAGCGAGACAUAUCAUGGACUAGCGGAGCUGGGUUAACGGAGCAGGGGAAAAGAACUAAAUCGUAAUUUUGGCCUUAUGUUUCUUUGGGGGGGGCGGUUGGGGGUGCUGGUGGCUAUGGGUGCUGUUGCCUUUUCCGCGACUUUCAUUUUCAUAUCUAUUGGAGGAGUGUCAACGUACUAUUUUUCUCUGCCAAUUUGGUGCUUUCAAGUUUGUUCGAAAUCUUUUCCUCCCAUCACUUUUCACAUCUAGUCAAAUCAAUACAAGAACAAACAAAA